AAAAAAAAAAAAAAAAAAGGCAAAACAAGAACUUUAUGGAGAUUGUGAAGAAAAAUCUAGUUUCUAAUUAUGAAAAUCAAAUCCUCCACGUAACCCCACCAAUCUUGAUUCUUGAGUGGGGAUCCGUUAAUUUUUUCUUCUUAGCAUGAUCACUGAUGAUUAAAUUAAUUUUAGACCGUUAAAUCAAAGAGGAUUUUUUUAUUUUUAUUUUUUUAUUUUAUGGUCCUCAACUCCCCCACAUCAAAGCUUGUCACUAUGCAAUACAAAAGAUGGUCAAUUUUAUAUUAAAUGUAUAAACACACUUUUUUGAGAAAGAGAAAGGGUUAGAUAAAAAUUUAAUUUGGGAUUCCUAAUGCUAAUCAUUCCAAGCAUGCCAGAUCAUGUGACAUAGUCUGUCAUUGACAACCUGUUUUGCUUUUCUCAUUGUGGGUGUUUUUUCUUCAUCUUCUUCUUCACUAAAUAAUAAAUAAAAGAAAAAAGAAAAAAAGAAAAAGAAAAAAAGAAAAAUAAAGUUGAGUUGAGCUUUUGGGUUGUUGCCAACCAUAUCAUUCUUUUCCCCCUUUUUUCUUUUGAUCUUCAUUAUCAUUUUAAGCCUCUCCAACAACUUGAAAUUUUUUCACUUUGCUCGAGUACCUCAUGGCUACUGAGACUGUUGUAUCAUAUCCAACUUCAACCAUUGAUGAGCAAGUUGAGAAGAAGGUAGAAGAAGUUGAAAAGGCUAUAGAUCAUGACAACAUUUCUUCUUCCAAGGAAAAAGGAGAAGAAAAUUCCAAAGUAGAAGAUUCAUCAAGUCCAGCACCAACUACAAUUCAAUCUGAAGGUGUAGAGGAUAAGCAGAUUGAACAACCUCUUGUAGUUGAGGUUCCAAAGGCUACUGUUGCUCCUGAGAGUGAUGCACCAAUCUCAGAAAGCCAAAGUUUCUCUUCAGUGAAAGUAAAUGAAGAAGAAAAACCCAAAGAUGAGAGUUUGCCAAGUCCAGCAACCUCAUUACCUGUAUCUGGAGCAACAGAGGAUAGGCCCAUUGAGCCUCCUGCAGUUGAUGUCGAGAAGGCUGCAGAUGCUCCAGUACUUGUGGAAAGCCAUAGUACUGUUUCUUCAACCAAAGAAAAUGAAGAAGAAAAACCCAAAGCUGAGGAUAAGUUGAUUGAAUCUCCUGUAGUUGAGGCUGAGAAAGCUUCUGCUGAUUCUGUUUCAGAAGUUCCUGUUGUAAAAAGCCACAGUCUUUGUUCAACCAAGGAGAAUGAGGAAGAAAAAUCCAAAGCUGAUGAUGUCCCAACUCUUGCAACCCCUUCACAUGAACCUGAGGAUACAAAGGAAAAUGUGAUUGAGCCUCCUGUAGUUGAGGCUGAGAAGGCUGCUGCUGAUGCUUCUGUAUUGGUUGUGGAACAUGUUAGUGCUACUUCUUCAUCCAAGGAGAGUGGAGAAGAAGCAAGUACUGAAGCUGAGAAUUCACAAACUACAAAAACGAUUUCACUCGAUUCUGGAGGUGCAGAGGAAAAGCAGGUUGAGCCUCAUGUGGUUGAGAUUGAAAAGAGAGUUGAUGCUCCAAUUUCAGAUGUUCCAAUAGUACAUGAAACGACGACAGAGAAAGACAUUGAUUCAACAACAACCAGUGGUCCUGAGCUAGUGGAUGACUCUGUUAACAACCAAACUGAAGUUAAAACCACCAGCGUGGAUGUUGUAGAAGAAGCACCAAAACAACCAUCUGUAGACAUUGGGGAGAAAGUGCAAGAGGAACAACCAAAGAUAGUUGAUGUUCACGAAUCAUCAGUUGAAACCAGUGAUAAACUGAAGGAGACAUUGGAGCCUAGUCCUGUCCAAGUCGAAUCAGAAGCCUCAGCAGUAGCAAAAGAGAUAGAAGAUUCAAAACUAGGCACAACAGUAGCAGAGAAACCAGAAAAUGAAGUUGCUGAAGUGGAGGAAAAACCAGCAGGGGAACAAUCGGAACUCACUGAACAAGUAGAGAAAAAAGGAGAAAAUGUUGACACAAAGGAAAGUGAAGAGGACAAAACAACAAAAGAUGAAAAGACUUUGGCUGAUAAGGUUGAGGAUUCCAUAUCCUUGAGGGUAGAUGAAACUGACAAAGAUGCCCCGCCUAAUCCAACUGUAAGUUCAGAAGUUUCAACUGAUCAGACAGCACAAAGUAAUCUAAAAGAUGAAGGGAAUUCUUCUCUUCCAAGCGUUGCAGAAACAGUAAUAGAAGAGGAAGAAAAGAAGGAAACAAGUAAGGUUGAUGUGGUGGAGAAAAUAUCAAAAGAUAUUUCCUUGGAGACAGGAAAGGUUGGAGAAGAGAAUGCUGCAGAAAAGGGAAAUGUCAUAACUGAGGAUUCAACUCAACCAUCUAUUCUUAAAGAUGAAGCUGCUGAUGAUAGUUCACUCAAGAAAGAAGACAGAGAUGCUGAACCACAGGAGGAAAAUAAAAUAGCAGCAGAGCAAAGAAAAGAUGGUGAAACUCCAACUUCAGCUGAAACCAAGAAAGAUGAGAAUGUUGAGGAAGUAACUAGUGCUGUUAAUAAACCAGUUGAAGAAUCACAGCAACCUGAAGAGGAAGUAAAAAAAGAGGAAACUGUAAAAACUGAGGCUAAAGAAUUGGAGAAGGUUCAAAACCCAGAAACUCCCACCAAAGAAGAUGAUCUCACAAAGACCUCCCAAGACCAACCAAAAGAAGUUCCAGCAAAACCCACACAGAAACAGUCAAAUAACCUUAUAUCAAAGGUGAAGCAUUCACUGGUGAAAGCAAAGAAAGCUAUCAUUGGGAAAUCUCCAAACUCCAAAACUCCUGCCUCUGAACCCAAGGGUGAUAUUAAAGUCAAGUAAUGGGGCAGCAAAGUAACAAAAAGAAAGAAAUUGCUUAAAAUUUAGACAGAGUUCAUAUAUUUUCUUCUGAAAUGGUUGGGAUCUUUUCUUCUUUAUUGUUGCUCUUCUCUUUUAGGUUGUUGGUUUGCAUGUUUGAUUGCAAAGGGGUGUAUAUAUACAUGUUAUACGUCAUGCCAUAUUCAAUAUUGCAAAAAAACUGAAGGUCCUUGUAUUCUUC